CAGUAUCUCUGGGUGACCAUUAACUCUUAACUAGCGCGCGUGAAACCCUGGCCAUACCCCAAACGUAUCCUCUAGGAUUGACCUUGUCAGUUGCUAUAACAUUGAUAACAUCAUUAUACAAAAAAAAAGAUAAGAUAGUAUAUGCUUCUCAUAUUCGGUAUUUGCUUUUUGCACCCCUCUUAGGCUGAGCAAGAUACACCUUAGAAGCCCGGUGUCACGCUUCCCACCAACUCGUAGUCCUGGUCAAUAUUUCAUUAGAUGCUUAGUCGUCUCAAUCACAUUCGUACCGCCUUAUUUUCUUUCGCGACGCCUGCAAUGUCACAUGCAAUUGACACGUCCCAUUAUCGUGCUGCCUUGUCUUCAGGCAAGUGCCGUUCCUUCGAAUGUGUGGAUCCAACCACGAACCCUUCGUCAAUACAGGCACUCAAAGCGAGAUUGCCACAUUCGCUGGGGGGUGUUUUUGGGGUGUCGAACACAUAUUCCUGAAAGAGUAUCCUCCUUCGCAGAACAAGGGCAUCCUCAAGACGAGCGUCGGAUACACCGGCGGGCUGGAGAAAGCUCAGAGCCCGACGUACAGAGAAGUGUGCACUGGAACAACCGAUCAUGCUGAGGCCUUGAGAAUCGAAUUCGACCCUUCCAUAGUCCAGUACGGAGAGCUCGUUGUUCUUUACCGCACCCAUGACCCGACCACGUUGAACAGGCAGGGGCGCAGAAGCAAGAUAGCGAAAGACGUCACGCAGAAGGUACAAGAGGAACAUUUCAAGGGCCAAAAGAUUGUGACGGGAAUUGAAGAAGCUGGCAGUCUACAUUUAUUCAAAGAACCGAACGGAUACCAGUGCCCAACACACAAGAAAGCACUUG